AUGACAGACCCCACGUCAGAAACAACAACACUGACCACCAACGACACCGCUCUCAAAUCACAUCAUCAUCUUCCUAUCAAACACACACCAAGUAGCAGCAACAUUGCUGACCUUCAAUCACCCAAUGACAUGCUUUCCUAUCUUUUAGAUGAUGAUGAAGAUGAUGGGCUUGACAGCAUGCAUCAUGGAACCUUCCAAACAGCAGCUGUUGACUCACAAAUUACCACAUGUGUCGGUCACUCGAAUCAUUUUGCCACUUCUCUUCCUUCUCAUGUCAAUUCUUCUCUUCAAAGUUCAUCAGCAACAUCUCCCACUUGUCUAAAAAUCUCCAUCUCACAACAACAACAAAUACAUGGAAAGGAUCGACGACAAAUGAAUCUUUCUUCUUCUCUCCUCGGAAUUGAUCCAAAUGAAAGCAGCAGUUCAUCCUUUUCAGCUGACUCUUGUAAGCUAUCACCCUCAUCAUUAGCAUUAGGAAAUAAUCAUCCACAACAUGUGGACACGUCGUUCUUGACUGCAUCAUCAUCACUCGGAGGGCUCAGUAACCAUUCGAGUGCUUCUUCAACAACUAUGAAUUCCACCACCAGUACAUCAAAAGCAGCCAAUCGACAAUCAGGAAAUUUCGAUCCCAUCAAUUAUAUGGUCAUUUAUGAAGAAGCCAUCAAGGAUAAAGAAUUGAGAAGAGUGUUUUGUGAUUUUUUGAAAAAGUGUCACGUGGAAGAACCAAUUUUGUUUAUGAACUCUUUGGAUCAAUACAGGACAGAUUAUGAAAAGAGUUUGAAAGAUUUGGGAGGAUGGACGGGAGGAGUGCCACACACUCCAUCAACAUCGAGAUCUUCAUUGGCUUCUCAAAAUGCUCUUCUUGUUUCUACUGCUUUAGAAGUUUUCUCAAGAAAUAGUAUAAGUGAAAGAAGUGAUAAUAACUUUACAGGAGGUGACAUUGCUCUGUCACCAACUUCGGCGAAUAGUGCUUUUGAUAUGAUGGUCACUGCUUUACAACUGUCAAAUGCCACCUUACAAUCAUCUUCAUUGUAUGGACAGACCGUGAAAAAUAUGAAUAAUAUCAAACUAAUGAAGAAACAUAUCAAGCACUUGUUUGAACUUUCGAAAAACAUGGUGCAAACCUUCCUUACUAUUGGAUGUGAAAAGGAAUUGAAUUUGGGCGCUACUCAAAAGCAAAUUUUGGAUCGAUGGGAACUUUUAUGUGAAAAUUAUGAUCUCAUUUCAAAUGUUGAUGGUUUUAGUGACGUUUCUAGCAAUUCAGAUGCUUCAGUUUCAAGUGCUGUUUCAAGUCCAUCAACAGCAUCAGCAGGUUCAUAUUUGAGCAAUUCAAAACUUGGUUGUUUACCUGCAUUUCUUAACACAAUUUUGUUACAACUAGAACCAGAUUAUAUAUUUGGACAAGUUCUCUUCUCAGUCAACCUAGAUUUAAAAUUAGAUCAAUUUCCUAGAUUUGUUCGUUCUGACAUGCUGUACAAGUUUUUGAAAGAAAAAGGUGUGAAAUAUACAAGAAGUAUUGCUGUGGAUAUUUCAAAGGGAUAUAAAGUAGAUUUGAGAUUUAAGCCACAAGAUUUGAAAAAUAAGAUUAUCACUGAUGAUUACAUUUAUUUUGGAUUUACACUUGCAGAAGACACACCCGAUUGGCAAUGCAUCUUGAACAAGGAUAAGCCAUAUCUCACUCAAGCUUACAUUUCAAAAACAUCUUACUCAUUUGAUGAAAGUAUGAAAGGUAUGAAAUUGGCUAAAAUAGUGGUUCACAUUCCACACCCUUUGGAAGUCAUAUGGGGAUGCUAUUGCAACGCUGAUUUUUCAAAGAAAUUUGACAAGAUGGCCAAUACCAAACAUGAAAUGUACAAAUUUGUUCCAGGAUGUCGACAACCAACAGGAGUUGGAUCGAGUCAAUGUCCUUACAAUCCUGACAAACCACCCUAUUCUCUACAAUUUGCUUCGAACAGUUUGAAUUUGCUGCCGCUUCUCAAAAAGAGACAAGUUCCAUAUGUUUACACAGCCAUCAAAGAUCCUAUUGGAAUGUACAUGUUUUUGGCUCACUCUGCUGAAUUUGAUGAUAAUGAAAUUCCACAUCACAAAGGUGAAGUUCAAGGCAAGGGUCUCUUUUAUUACAUGUUUUAUAAGGUCAAUGAGAAUUUAACACGAAUUGUUCAUGUCGUGUACAGUGACAUGAUGCUUCCAAUUAAUCCAGAUUUAAUGUUAAAGAUGAUCUUCAAGAAGCGAGCGAAAGAGCACUACACUGGAUUCGAAAGAAUUCUAAAUGAACUAUCCGAAAAUGGAACUAAACCGAUUGACACCUCUAAAUUUGUGGAUGGACAAAACACCAAAAAGUGUUGUGAGGAAAAUUGUAAAUUAUAUCCAGGAAGGUCGUGGUAUUACGAGUGGAGUUCUUUACGACCAACCUACGAGUAUUCCAAUAAUAAUAAUCAAUAA